GAAGCCAGGAAGGUGAUAAAAGCUAAAAUUUAAAAGUAAUUGUUAUUAUAUUCUUUUCAUUUGUGACUAGCCAUAUAGUAUAUUAUUUAUAAAGGCAUAUGACCUUAUACACAAGGUUCAAUGCAAACACCCUCUAGGGUGGGCCUGGCUCGGCUCGGAGGAAAGCCUGCCUGAAAAAGCUGCAGCUAGGCUGUCACUCUUCAUUCAGCCCAGCAACUCAUCACACCCUCUGUCACUCAGGGCCUGAGGGGGCGGGCCUUAAACAUUAUCCAAUCAGGGAUGCUGGGCUGGGUACAGUCCAAUCAGGCACGCAGCUGGAGCGGACAGGACGGUUUCCGGAAUAUGGCGGGGCGUUUGGCUCUCGCUCCAGCCAGAGCUCCAGGUCUCGUUUUCAUUUCUGUGUCCUCUGUUCCUAGAGGUCCAGCCUGUGUGGCCCUGUGACCUGCAGAUAUUGGGAGAUCCACAGCUAAGACUCCAGGACCCCCUGGAAGCCUAGAAAUGGGACCAUUGACAUUUACAGAUGUGGCCAUAGAAUUCUCUCUGGAGGAGUGGCAGUGCCUGGACACAGCACAACAGAACUUAUAUAGAAAUGUGAUGUUAGAGAACUACAGAAACUUGGUCUUCCUAGGUAUUGCUGUUUCUAAGCCAGACCUAAUCACCUGUCUAGAGAAAGAAAAAGAACCCUGCAAUAUAAAGCGACAUGAAAUGGUGGAUGAACCCCCAGGUGAUCUAGCAAGAAAAAUUUUAUAUGAGCAAUUGAGAAAUGUGUGUAUCCUGAUGUUGUUUAGGAGUGUUCUCUAUACCUCUGUUAGGAAUAAUAUUGUGUGUUCUCAUUUUGCUGAAGACUUUCGGCCAGAGCAAGACAUAAAAGAUUCUUUCGAAAAAGUGACGCUGAGGAGAUAUGAUAAACGUGGACAUGAGAACUUACAAUUAAGAAAAGGCUAUAAAACUGUAGGUGAUUGUAAGCUAUACAAAGUAGGUUAUAAUGGACUUAACCAAUGUUUGACACUUACCCAGAGCAAAAUGUAUCACUGUGAUAUAUAUGUAAAAGUCUUUUAUGCAUUUUCAAAUGCAGAUAGAUAUAAGAGAAGACAUACUGGAAAGAAACCUUUCCAGUGUAAAAAAUGUGGCAAAUCAUUUUGCAUGCUUUCACAACUAACUCAACAUAAGAAAAUUCAUAUUAGAGAGAAUACCUACAGAUGUAAAGAAUUUGGCAAUGCCUUUAAUCAGUCCUCAGCCCUUACUAACCAUAAGAGAAUUUAUGUUGGUGAGAAACACUACAGAUGUGAAGAAUGUGGCAAAGCAUUUAACCACUGCUCAACCCUUACUAACCAUAAGAGAAUUCAUACUGGAGAGAAACCCUACAAAUGUAAAGAAUGUGGCAAAGCCUUUAGCAGGUACUCAACCCUUAGUACCCAUAAGAGAAUUCAUACUGAAGAGAAACCCUACAAAUGUGAUGAAUGUGGCAAAGCCUUUAACCGGUCCUCAACCCUUACUAGCCAUAAGAGAAUACAUACUGGAGAGAAACCCUACAAAUGUGAAGAAUGUGGCAAAGCCUUUAACUGGUCUUCAACUCUUACUAAACAUAAGGUAAUUCAUACUGGAGAGAAGCCCUACAAAUGUGAAGAAUGUGGCAAAGCUUUUAACCAGUCUUCAAGACUUACUCGACAUAAAAAAAUUCAUACUGGAGAGAAACCCUACGAAUUUGAAGAAUGUGGCAGAGUUUUUACCUGUUCUUCAAUACUUACUCAAGACAAGAAAAUUCAUACUGAAAAGAAACCCUACAAUUGUGAAGAAUGUGGCAAAGUUUUUACCUGUUCUUCUACACUUACUAGACAUAAGAGAAUUCAUACUGAAGAGAAACCCUAUAAAUGUAACGAAUGUGGCAAAGCUUUUAACCGGUCCUCACACCUUACUAGUCAUAGGAGAAUUCAUACUGGAGAGAAACCCUACAAAUGUGAAGAAUGUGGCAAAGCCUUUAAGCAGUCCUCAAACCUUAACAGUCAUAAAAAAAUUCAUACUGGAGAGAAACCCUACAAAUGUGAAGAAUGUGGCAAAGCUUUUAUCUUGUCCUCAAGACUUACUCAACAUAAGAAAAUUCAUACUGGAGAGAAACCCUACAAAUGUGAACAAUGUGACAAAGCCUUUAAGCAGUCCUCAAACCUUAGUAGUCAUAAGAAAAUUCAUACUGGAGAGAAACCCUACAAAUGUGAAGAAUGUGGCAAAGCUUUUAAUCGGUCCUCAAGACUUACUCAACAUAAGAAAAUUCAUACUAGAGAGAAACCUUACAAAUGUGAAGAAUGUGCCAAAGCUUUUAACCGGUCUUCAAGACUUACUCAACAUAAGAAAAUCCAUAGGCUGGGCGUGGUUUCUCAUGCCUGUAAUCCCAGCACUUUGGGAGGCCGAGGCAGGCGGAUCACGAGGUCAGGAGAUCGAGACCAUCCUGGCUAACAUGGUGAAACCCCGUCUCUACUAA